UGUGUUUGUCGUUUCAUGCAGUGGAGUAGCUACUCCUCUCCUGCACUCAAAGUUUCUCGUACUAGAGAAGUGGAAAAGGCUUAAUGCGUUGUUGGUUUCCUCGAAAUUUUGGAAUCAACUGACCAAUAGAGCUGUUUUCAGAAUUUCAGAAUUUCAGAAUUUUGUCGAGUAAUGAUUACAGGUCUUCUGAUGAAGAACAAAUACAAACUAGAAAUGGUGUUGUAGGGUUUGCAGUAGAAUCCUGUAGCCGAUUCUCCAGAGAGGAAUGUCACGGAUGCUUGGUGCCACUGAACAGGCGGAACAGCUUAGGCAAAAUGGAAACCACUGCUUCCAGAAGAAUCGAUUUGCUGCAGCUAUCGAUGCCUAUACCGAGGCGAUAACUCUAUGCCCUAAUGUUCCUAUAUAUUGGACAAAUCGUGCUUUAUGUCAUCGCAAGCGGAAUGACUGGACAAGAGUGGAGGAGGACUGUAGGAGAGCGACUCAUCUUGAUCAGAACUCUGUUAAGGCACACUAUAUGCUAGGCCUUGCCUUGCUACACAAAAAGGAAUAUGCUGAAGGAGUUAGAGAGUUGGAAGGAGCAUUGGAUCUUGGUAGAGGUGCUGAUCCUAAGGGUUACAUGGUAGAGGAGAUCUGGGAAGAGCUUGGAAAUGCAAAAUAUUUGGAGUGGGAGCAUGAAUCUUCAGCACGUGCUUGGGAAAACCAGAAUUUGAAAGAGGCUUGUGUGGCAGCUCUGAAGGAGAAACAUUUAGUCGAUAGCUCAAAAAAGAAGUUUAAGGAGGGACCUAAAUAUGAACGGAUAAAUUCUCUGGUCUCUCUCUCAGAGCAAAUUGAAGCUUUAAAUUUAGUGUUUGAGAGAGCUUCUGAAGAUGAUACACCAACUGAGGUUCCUGAUUACUUGUGUUGUAAAAUAACACUAGAGAUUUUUCGUGACCCUGUCAUUACACCCAGUGGGUUUACCUAUGAGAGGGCAAUUAUCCUUAACCAUCUGCAGAAGGUGGGUAACUUUGACCCAAUUACUCGAGAACCAGUCAACACAUGUCAGUUGGUACCCAAUUUGGCUAUUAAAGAAGCAGUUCAAGUAUACUUGGCUAAGCACAGAUGGGCUUACAAGUCGGAAUAAAAGCUCACUGGGUCACAGCUAUAUUCAAUUCUCCCAGGGUACCCUUAAGUGUAAGUUCGCUUGUAAUGUCAAGCAGAUGGUUGGCUGUAUAGUUUCUAGUAUCGUCUGCUCCAUUAUUGCUCAAUUAAACUGUGUACAGUAUUUUGAAUUAUGAAUGAUGUGUGCUAUGCAGGGAAGUGACCCUAUUGUUAUCUAUUACUACCCCGCCUACUGGGGGGGGACCAACUUUGAACUAGAACUAGUUGCACUAAUUGUGUGUAUGUAUGCAUAGACCAUCCGGGGGCUAUAAGUGAUACCAUCAGCCAGCCAUUAUGGGCACAUUUAAGCUAGACAUUACAGUUCCAACUUCCAUCACGAGACUGUUCAAAGGGGUGGACACGGUCCUGUUUCUUGACCGAUGGCUGGACUUGGACUAACUAGUUAUUCCAUUGAACCGUGUCCGGUUGAUGCAGAAUGGACCGAAAUGUACCCAUAUCCCACUUCUGGUCCCAGUCCCGGUGCUGGACCAGGACCAGAAUUAGCAUGUGGUAAUUCCCCUCUUCUGUCGAAAGGGUCCCAUGUGCUCCACAAAUACUGUUCGUGAUGAGCCCAUGCACAAGAAGAGUGGGAAUAAAGUUCACCAUUGCAUGUGUCAUGUGAUAAUUGGGUUAGGCAGAGAAUGGAUAAGAAGUGUGGAAUGCAGAGACACGUGUAACUUAUCAUCAUGUGUAAGUUACUGCAAAAAGUAUGGCAGAAACUUUUGCUAUUGCAUGAACAAAUGCAUUAUCAGUGAGAGUAUACUGAUUGCUCAUAUCAUGUUUUCAAUUAUUUGCUGCUGCUUCACCACACCACAGACAGCUGGGUUUGCAGUUAAGAAGAGUUAAUGAUCCAUAAUUAGAAACAAACACAAUAGGUGAGUGCCCCCCUUUUUUGUUAGCUGCAUUUUUGGAGUGAUCUUCUUAAUGUACUCUUGUCAUCACACCAAAUUACAGUAACAAUGUCCAUUCUCAAUAGACAUUUGAUUGAAUUAUAUGCUGUUUGAUUGCCUUGCAGUGUGUGGG